AUGGAAAAUGAGAACAUGCAUAGAGACUGGAUAUCUAUCUUUAACAGACUCUUAAAGAAGCCAAAAAGCAGCUUAAAGGAAAUUUCCAGAAUACUUGGUCGAUCACAAAAGUUUUUAUCCAUUCUAUCCACUGGUGGUGCAUCUACUGCAUACGCUUCCUAUGCGGAUAGUUUAAGAGAGUCUGUGGAGAGAAUUCUUUCCACUUUAAUUAUGUACUCAGAAGACACAGAAAGCCACCCAGGGAUAUUUUUUAUACUGUGUAACUAUAAAGACGCGCACAAGUGCGAUUUUCAUCCGGUUAUAAAAGUGUUUUUAGAAGGGACUAAGUCUGUAUAUCUUCUGAAAAUAAUUGAAAAAGUGUGCAGCAAUGCACAUAUGGUUCGGCUAAAGAAGGAAGAAGAGAUAGUACUUCUAUCUGAGCUGGUUAAGUGCUCUGCAAGUGCGGAUCAUUUAAUAGGGGAGUCUGCUAUUAGAAGUAUUUUUGGGCUUUAUAAAAGAGAAAGAGGAGAUGCUGUUUUUCUUGCAGAGCUAACAAAAACCUUUCAAAUGAGGUAUCUAGACCUAUUUGUAUCGAAAAUAUUCCCUGAAAUAAUUGGGAAUGAAGAUACUCAGUUUGUUAUUUCUAUGAUUCAGGUUUUGUCUGAGAUUAAAGAGAUUCCUAUCCUUAUAAUUGCACAUAGUGCUUCUAGAGAGUGUCUCCUUUCCUGCCCUCCAGGCCUUCUAGACCGCAUGUGGGCGCGGCUAGAAAAUGAAAAGCUGCCUCAGGAGUAUCUUAGUGGUAUGAAAAUGGCAGCUAAAGUGCCAGAGCUAUUCAACAUUAAUCAAUUCUUGCGCCUGCUGGUAAAGUAUACUGGAAUGAGUGUUUUGUAUGAUCAAGGGGACGUUCUGAUCCAGUAUAUAAAUACAGUACUUAUCUCCCCCGUCUCUGUUAUAAUAAAGGAAAAAAAGUGCAUUAAUGGUAUUAUAGAACAAACAGAAAAAACCAUAGGAAACUGCGGAGGUACACCAAUAAGUGGCGUGUGCCUUAAUACAGACAUUAUGGUAGAGUUUCUAGAGAAACUGUACAGGCACUCAGAUGGAACUCGGAUUGAGUACUGUCGCAUACUCUUUUACACAGGACUAGAGUCUCAGAAGGCAUACGUUCUGUUGCUUCUGAAAAAUAAAAAUAUCCGCGUGAAGUGGAAUGCACUGCGCACACUUACAGCGUAUGCACUGGAUGCAUCUGAAAUUGAAAUAGUACUAGACGUUUUAAAGACAACAGAAAAUGAGAAAAUGAAGCUGUGGUGCUUAAAGAUACUUGAGUGCAACCACAGAAAGGUUGAUGCAUCCGCUGUUGUAGUGAAGGACACUCAGUAUAAAUCAGAGAUUGAGGAGAUUCUUAAAAGAAUAAAUAAUUGA